CCGUUCUCGCACUGGCGCGAAUCGUUUCAAAUUAAAUUCUCAUGCAAAAACAAUGUUUUGUUUCAAAAACUUGAUAAUUUUUCUAAAUAUUAUUGGUCUAGUUUUUGGUAAUAGUACCACAGAAAACUAUGUCCAAGAAAUUGAGUAUACGGAGGGUACGUCGGUGGAACCGCGGUACUCUCUACCCUCGAUCAAAAUCGGCGACAACAGUGAAAAUAUAGUGCCCGCCAGUUUGCAAAGGGUGCUGAAUUUUUACAACACCGAAACUUUGGUUGCCACUUGGCCCAAGUUCAGAAAUGGAAUAUCAGAAGGGUGUCAAAAGGAUAUGGAUUUGUAUAUCGAAGGGUUACGGGAUACGGAAAAUUGGGCUCUGAAAAUGGAUGAUGCAAGUGGUAGAUAUUCAACCGGAUGGUUUUGGGGCAACCAUUAUUGGGUCGGCUCUAAAAGUUUAUGCGACAAUAUCGUACCGAGUCCAAACGGUUUUACGGUUAAGGAUCGUUCUAGAAUAGUAAGAAUGGCCUCGCUUAAUCGCGAACCUGACAGUCCUAGCCAGGCAGUGGGUUAUCAAAAAGGUCCUUUAGUCCACACAUCCUUGCCACCAUUUUCCGUGUCCUUUUUCAUGCUGAGAAUCGAUGUGAAUUCCAGUUUCACCACCGAAGAACGUGUAUUAUCCAUAGGGCUGUGCCUUCCGUAUGUUUGUACAGACGAAGAUGUCAAAACGAUUCUUGAAGAAACUUCUGGAGCAUCCGAUAAAGUCGCAGUCGAAGUUAUUACAGUCAAAUCGCAUCAUAACCGUUAUAAAAUUUGGCAGGACAGGACUUUUUUGGCUUUAUGUGUUGCAACAGCUAUAAUGGGAUGCUGCCUCACUGUUGGAACUUUAUUCGACUAUUAUUUGGAAUAUCAGAAAAAUAGGAGAGUGGAAACUAUAACAAAAAGAUGUUCGGUGCCUAGUUUGAAAUCGACAAAUGGUAAAUCUGGUAUUUACGUUGUGAAUACCAACGACGGCAACAAUAACGGGUCUCCAGUAGACAAUUCCGCAACUACGGAACCACGCCAAACCGUUAUGAGACUUAUCUUCAGAGAAAUGCUGCUAUCCUUCUCAAUAAGAGCAAACCUGAAAACUAUCUGUGACCAAUCAGUAGGUAGCGAUACCAUCCCAGUACUCCACGGACUCAAAGCCAUAAGUAUGGCUUGGGUAAUUUUAGGACACACCUGUAUAGUGGCUUUCAAAUAUUCGGAUAACAUGGAGUUCAGAAAAGUCGUUCAAAAAGAGUUUUGGUUUCAAACAAUUUCCAAUGGAGCUUUCAGCGUUGAUACGUUUUUUUUCGUCAGUGGUUUAUUAGUCUCGUUUCUUUACUUUAGGACUAAUGCCAAAGGAAAACUUGAUCCUUUAUCCAAAGGGAAAAAUAGCUUUGUAGCUGGACUUUUGCAUUUUCUUGGGCUGAUUGCUUACAGAUUUGCAAGACUUACUGCCCCGUAUGUAUUUUCAAUGGGAGUCACAGAAGUGACAAUGAAAUGGUUUUAUUAUAAUUCAGUAUUUGAACCUCCUACGAAUGACCAUAUUAAUUGUCCUAAUUAUUGGUGGAGAAAUGUUUUGUACAUAAAUACUUUGUUUCCUGUUAGCGAAAUGUGUAUGCUAUGGAGUUGGUAUUUAUCAGACGACACUCAAUUUUUUGUAAUUGGUGCUAUCCUUCUUAUCAUAGCAACUAGUCACUUCAAAAGUGCAGCAGCAGUUUUAGUAAUUUUUUCGGCCAGUUCUUGGAUGACUACAGGCUAUAUUGCUUACAGUAACAAUCACAUGCCUGGAUCAGAUGAUCCUUUGGCAUUAUUUGACAAAAUUUAUGAUAAACCUUAUACCAGAUUGGGGCCUUAUUUAAUAGGAAUGUGCGCAGGGUGGUUGUUGUUUAAAAAAGAUUGCAGAAUACCAAUGUCAAAAAUAACAUUAGCUAUUGGUUGGUCUAGUUCUCUAGCCUUACUCUUAGCCCUAGUUUAUGGAUUAUAUGAAGCAAACUUAUCACCCGCUGUAGGAGCAGCAUACAGUUCCCUAAGUCACACUGCAUGGGCUUUAUGUCUUGCCUGGAUCGUUGUAGCAUGCGUCACAGGCUAUGGAGGCUUCAUAAACAAAAUUUUAUCCUUCCCCUUUCUCUAUCCUUUCAGCCGAGUAACUUAUUGCGCCUACUUGGUACAUCCUUUACUUAUAAGAGGCAUGGUAAUGAGUAUGGAUAGCCCAUUGCAUUUAGGCAGGGUACCCACUAUAAUAAUAUUUAUGGGUCAAGCUACAGCGUCUUAUAUUUUGUCGUUUGUAUUGUCUGUGACGUUUGAGGCACCUCUAGUGUCAAUGUUGAGGAUUAUUUCUAAAGUUGUGGUACAUUUGAAGACAACUUCAAAUAGCGCAGCGUGAGUUUGAUUAAAAAGUCGAAAACAUUAUUUAAGACUGAAUCUUGAAAAAAAUAGAUUCUAAAUGACAUUUUUGUUUGAUCAAUAUAAAAAUUUUACAAGGUUUAAUUAAUGUGUUAAGUAUUAAACUUUUAUAAUUAUUGUGUAUAUGUCUGUGUGUGGUAUUAUUAAGAUUUUUCUAUUUCAAUAUUUAAGUGUGUAAUUUAUUUUAGAUUAGGAAUAUGUAGUAGAAUUUGGCAAAUUUUGGUAUUUUUUCUUGUUUCAAAAUGAAAACCAUUAAGUAUCAAAAUUUUAUGUGUAGUAUAGCCAAAGAUAGUCAAUACUGUGUCAGCUAAUAAUUCUUUUUGUACAGGGUGUUCUAACGAGGAGCGCACAGGGACUUAUUUUUGACCUUCCCUGUACUUCUGAAAAAAAUUAAAAUUGGAUUUUUUUUUUCUGAAGAAUUGAAAAAUGGUGUAACUAUUUUGAUUUUGGUACCAUUUUUGAAUUCUCCAGAAAAAUAUUCCAAUUUUCAUUCAUUCAUCGGUAAUACAGGGAAGGUCAAAAAUAAGUCCUUGUUCAGUUCUAGUUGGAACAUAACUUUUUGUUGUAAAUAUAUAUUUCUUGUCAAGGUAGCAAUUUUUUUUUCGAACCAGAAACUUCCCUACUAAACUUACUGCAAACAAAUUUUAUUAAUUUCAAUACCAAUAAUAUAUAUAAAUACAAAAAAUUUAGGGUUAUAGGUAUAAUAGGUAAUAUAAUUCAAUCAAAAUUCAAGUACAUAUUACAUUUGAGGUAAUUGUUCAAUUGGUGUUGCGAACUUGAAAUCUGGUGGGAAAAGACUGGCUGCAUGCGGAUACAUCAACUUAUAAGAUUGCCUUAUAGUCACAUCAGCAACACCAGCAAUAUCCCCAAUUUCCUUCUGGCUUCUUUUAUCUUCAGAAGCUUGAGAGGCCAUAUAAAUAGCAGCUGCAGCAACUGAUAUCGGCGAUCUACCAGGCACUAUGUCAAGUUCCACAGCUUUUCUGGCAAUAUGUGUAGCAGCCCUUUGUACCAUGUUGGGUAGUCCAAGAUUUGAACAGAAUCUGGACAUGAAAUCUCCAGUUGUGAUAAGAUCAACUGAGGUUUCUAAUGCCUUUAGAAUCAGCUUGAAGCACCUGCCAAUUUCACGUUUGCUAAUUUUGGAAACUGCACAAAUUUCUUUGAAAGUACGUGGCACACCUUCUUGCCUACAAGCUAUGUAAAGGCAAGCUGAAGCAAUAGCAUCAUUUGAGCGUCCUUUUAGAUUACGCCCAUCAUGGACUUGUUUAAACAAGUUAUUCGCUCUGUCCACAAUGGUCCUUGGUAAAUUAAUCCUGUCAGCCAUAGCAUUGAUUUCUUUGAAGGCAUUUAUAAGAGCCCGGUCUGAACUGUUCAUUGUGCGUCGAUUUUGGUAUCUGGCCACACCAAACGAGUCAUAACUUGCAUCACCCCUACCGGGGCCAAUCAUAGUAGUCAAAUCUGAGCCUCCCAGUAGAGGAUUUUCUGGACCACCGACACGAGAGGGAUCGACGCCGUUUUUUUCGUUGCUAAAGGUUCUCCAUUCUGAACCGACAUCGAUAACUCGGUCGCCAACUACUAAGCCACACUCUGAACAAAUCUGGUCGCCUGCUCUGUAGUCUUCGAUUAAGGGCGCGUCCGGAUGAGAAGAACAGCAAACUUUGUUGGCAUCGUAUCUUGAAGUACUAGCACUUGCCAUGACGAUUUGUUUAAAUAAUGUUUUUAUUGGUUUUUAUUUUUAAACAAAUUAAAAAGCUGGUCAUGGAAUUUGGAGUAAACAAAACAAACUUAGUUGGACUUGGAGCACUUACUUGUUAAAAUCGAUUGUACUUAGCACUAAAUUGCUUUCUAAUUUUUCAAUUGAAGGACAAAGGUCUUUGGAUUUAUUAAUUUUAAUAUUAAUUAACAAACUUAAAAUAAUCACACACUCCUACUUGAAAAACAUCUAUGUGAAAAACAGAGGAUAAAAAAAUAAAAAUAAAGAUGACACUGACAGUGACAACAAGGCAAGGGGUUUUCGAAAACCAAGAAAACGCUAUUCUCCAGGGGCGAGUUCAGGAAUGACACACCCAGGGGCGAGUUCAGGAAUAGUUGUAUUCCUUUCAAGAGCUUGAAACACUCGAGCUACUCGCUUCGGUGCUUGCUCGCCCCCGAUUUGCAGGGAACAUAUGCGUGGUGCAACAAACACUUUUCGAAAGGAAUAAGCGCGUGAAGCCCCGGAGCUCCUCCUAGGUGUGAAAGGAAUACAACUACUGACACACCCAGUGUGAGUGUGACACCGGUGCGAGGCCCU